AGGUUUUAAGCAAGCGAGAUGACUGAUACUGAGAACGAAGUUCAGAAGGGAAGCAGGAAUUAAUUUGCCACCUCCAUUCAGAAUCCAAAGUGAUUCAUUUGUACGAUCCUGCAACUAGUAGAUUAAGCUGUCGUUUCUGUAAUUAGAUUGUCACAUAUCACUUUCGUAAGUUUCUGAGCUACAAUUUACCAUACUAUGUACGUCUGAACUCCUAAGAUUUCAUUCAAUUUUUCAAUUAAGAUUCUUCAAGAUUAUAAGGUAAACUGUAUACUUACGUAUCAACACCCUUUUCUUUGACGAUCAGUAACUUCAGUAAAUUUUUCGUCAAGUAGAGAACAAGCAAGAUGCCGGAAUUGAAAACUGGUAAAAGCGUGCCUUCUAUGGAGGACCAAGAAGAUACUGUGAAGGAUGACAAAAAGGAAGAUAAGGAGGCUGCUUCUUCUAGUACGAAAUAUACUGCUGCAGCCAAUGCUGGCUCAGCAGAAGACGCUGCCUUUGCUGCAUUAUGGUCAGCGUUUUUCCAUCUCUCUUAGCAUGCCCAUACCCUUGUUUAUCUGUAUGAAACAUUUUUACGAGGGAAGGGAAAGAUGGGGGCAGCAGAGACUUCUAGAGACCUGAGAUGAAUGAGUAACGGCAUUUGCUAACAAAAGAGGCGAAUGACGAGCGGGCAGCGAUGAAAGAGUUUGAGGAGGGGAUGAAGGAUGAUGGGGGCUUUCCAGAUGAGGACAAGAUGGCAGCUGCUGGGCGUCUCGGGAGAACAGAGCAUUAAGGUUAAACUAAAGUAAAGCCCUUUAUUCUUAUCGUUUGUACUCUGUUAAUGCCUAAGAAACAUGAAACACCAUCCUCGUGAUAUAUAAUAGUAGAUAGAUGACAACAAUUUAAGCCCUGGUAGUAUCUUCCAAAUCCUCUUGCCCUUCUUUCCAUGUAAAAUCCUGUUCGGUGGUGGAGUACUCUUCUCUCACUUUCUUGCAUCUUCCUCUUUAUUAUCAAUGUCACUACUCUGUUUCUGAUGUGCCUUUCUACAAUGUCUAAGAAAUCCGCGAAGGCGCGAAGAUGGAGGCGAGGGACGCGAAAAAAUGGAAGAAGAUGACGCCGCAUGAACGGGCUCUGGAUGCAAGGGACCGGGAGCAUUUCGGUGACCUCGUAGCGGCCAUGAAAUUUAUGCAAUAGGUAGUGUUUCACUCGUGUUUCGGUUGAAUCUUACAGAAUUCUCCGUGUUUUACAGAAAUAUAGUCCUACGUACAACCCUGGCAGAUGUUGACGGAGAUGGAGUAGAGAAAGACGCACCCACUUAAUAUUCCGUUCGAGCUUUUUUCUAUGCCUGUCCAACGAGUCGUCCUAUACGUAGGUAGUAUACAAGUUCAGGACCUUCCUAUAUCAGACAAGACGAAAUAGGCGUCUUGAUUAGUCAGAAUUAGCCCACAAUAAUAAAAUACAUGGCGGGUUUUGUUCGUUUUCUACUUGAAAAAUUAGAAGACUGAGCUUUGUUUUCUUAUUUUUAGGCUUUUUGUGGGUUAUGUGGCGACUAUUUUUCUCAGUAUGAGAUAGGGGAGUUCCUUCGAGCUUUUUCCUAUGCCUGUUCAACGAGUCGUCCUAUACAGCGAACCCUUAUACAUUUGUUAUAACCGCGUCAGGGAACAACGACCCUAUGCUUACAUAUGAAACCACCGCUCCUACGAGUGCAACGAACCGCCCUAGGAAUAUUUGAUUCUUACUUUCAUACUUCAAGUACGGGGUAGUUAGUAAAAAAAUACUUUCAUAUUUUCAUGCUUCAGGGUUAGUAAUAAAUCUAAAGUUCUUGUCACAGUUGUCACAUUCUCGGAAGAUCAUCUUACUUUCAUUCUAGCUAUGACGGAGAAGAUGAAGUGGGAUUUUCUUCGAGACGAGACAAAGGGUAUGAAAUUUCCGGAAUCGUGGACUAGGAACAACGUUUUCUUGAACACCUACGAAGAGGAAAGGAGAGCCCAAAAGUCGGGGCUCGGAAAAACUGGAUUUGGAAACUUAAGGAUGCGACGUUGUGCUUGAAGAAGUAGAUGAAGUGGUCUGUGCAUAUUGUAAGAUUGUUGUGUGGUAUUGAUAACGAUUUUAUUUUAGUGUUAAUCUUACUUAUGUGGUAACUAAUUGAGUGCUAUUUAGCUUUAGGCUGUCAUAUUUUUUCUCCUUCACCAUCAAAUGUUGUAAACCAAACGCGUUCGUCCUUGAACGAUAUAGAAAUGCAAUUCGUAGCAGCACUAUGUGCUUGUCACAUUGAUUCCAGACUCGUAUUGUAGAUUUCCAACUACAUAUUGUUAGUUUAUUCUAUGAACAAGAUACGACUCUUGAGUCGGUAACUACUUCUCAACGAAGCGUACCAAGCUUAAGGUAGGUCACUUGGGACGGUGAACGUACCAAGUUGGUGGUGAUUAGGUACGAUCACUUGAGACGCAAGGAUGAUGAACGUACCAAGUUGAAAGAACUCUAAGGGUUACCGGUGAACAGACAGCUACUUCAGUGACUGUGGCAAGUGAAGGGGCAGGCGGCGCAAACGAAAUGGAGGAGGGAGAGGACAUAGAGGAAGACGGGGAGGGUGAUUAUGGUAAAAGACUGGCUUACUUUGUGAUCAAUAUCAGAGUUAACAGGUGAUGCAGUUCGAUGAUGCUUCAUUAUCAGACUUAAUAGUCUCUUUUUUCCUAGUAGGGCUGGCUCCGCCACAAAUGAUCAGAUUUAAACCCUACAUUCAGCAAGAAUGGCGAUAUCAGGGACAUACACGUGGUAUCAUUUUUGAGGAGCCUGCUGCUCAUCUGUUUUCAUAUUUCUAGCCACGGAUUAUUUGUAUCUCGUUAAGUUGUCGGCCCCCUCCAUCGACUAAAUACUACUACUGCGUAUUUACAGUAGACUUAAAUGAGAAAAUGUACAGCAUGCAGAGAGCCACUCUCAGCCACACUCAUGGUUUCAGUAGUGAAUAAUUUUGAAACUGAAGGAAGAAAGUAAGUAUCAGGAACCAUUCGUGGGAGUACUUAGAAUCAUGCUAAGAAACUGAAGGAACAAAGGCGAAGAAGAACGCUGUCGUGCAAGGAUACGACACGUUGAAAAACCGAGCUUUUAUGAACGUUGGGCUCGUUCCAUGUCGACCGAUUGGAAAGCUUGGCUGCGCAAUGAGCAAACCGGAGGGAAGAUGGCUGUCGAUGCUAGUCAACGGGAUCAUGGCGACCUCAGAGUUAAGGCUUCUUUGGGAGUUGACCCAUUCCUCUCACUUUCUACUUAGAACACUUUAAUAGUAUAAAUAAAUAUCAAUUAAAUCUUCCAACAUAGAGACCUUUUCAAAGGGCGGGAAGCAAGGGGGCCGACUGAUAUGGGGAACUGGAAACUUCUAACAGCAAAUAGAGCAAAAAUGAGCUACACACACAAAGACGAUUGGUGGUGGAGUAGUGUCACAGUCAACCGUGGCGGGAUCACGAGUGUACUUUUUUGUUGAUGCCAGCAUGUAUUGUUGGAGUACUUAUCCACUCUUCUUCUUCUUCUUCUUCUUAUGCACUUUCUUCAUCUUUGGAUGUCAAAAGUUGUUACCUCUCGAACAGGUAAAUGAGUGAAUGAAUGAAUAACUGUUAUCUAAAUCUACAGGGAACGAAGCAGAGAGACAUCUUCUAGCACAUCUCAAAGCAAACAAGUCAACUCCCAACCACCUUAGCUAAAAAAAGCAACUACUUCACAUCAAGGUCCAUUGCGACGCGGGCAACCUUGGACCUAGUCGGUUGUUUUGUUGGGGUCACGGGUUCAUUGGAGGCCAAACGUGGGUGAUGGCGGAACAAGAUGAAAUCGAUGCAGAUCCGUCUCGAAUUGAGUGGGUCCCGACAUUCCAGGACAAGUGCAUCAACUUUAUCCGAAAUCGUGGCAUGCAGAUCAGCGAGGGCACAGCGGAGGAAAAAAAGCCAAUCCGAUGUCUCAACAUGAAGACCAAUAUGGCUGCAGGAGACUGGAUCGAUACUUAUUGAUGUUGAGUAACCGAUAGACUUAAAUAUAAAAUAUUAUUUUUACUAAGAUGUUGAGUAACCAAAUCUAAAAGAUUGACUAAAUCUAAAUGGUUAAAACAAGUGACUUUUUCGGGUGAGAGAGUGGCACUUGUAUAGUAUUCGUCCUUGUGAAUGCGGGCGGAUAGAUUAGGUAACUGAAACUGUUUCAAAUAAGUCUCCUUACGAUUACGAAAAUAUAUUAACGAUACUAUUAAACAGCAGUCAUAAGUACUUAGACUUAGUUAGAAAAUUGAACAAUCUUUCACGUCUUUCUUCAUGUUGCAAAAGCAGUUCGAGGCGACGCCGGACUACCUGGACGAAGGUGGCAGUCUCAACAAUAUCGCUCUCCCUUUCUUUCGCGUCAACGUCAACGAGCGCGUCGCUGAUUUCGACGGGAUGGCACCCCACUGCACCGCUCCAGUCUUCCCAGCUAGCUGGAAAACAGACAAAUCUUACGUGCAGAGUUUUGCAAUGGAUCGACUCAAAUCUAGAUCAUUUGUCUUUGACAGAAGAAGUUAGCUCAAUAGCGUGCUUAAGUAACAGAAAGACCAUUUUUCCUGCUGGAACUUAGUACUCAUGGAUGUGGCAGAAGAUAGGUAGUAGAUCGUAAUUUUUGUGUAUGGUCUUCGUCGCUCCGAGGUUGUUGGUUCGCAUGACCAUGCAGUCACUCUAGUAUCACUGUUUUCUUCAUUUUUCGCUGUGGCCAGAGUCUUUGCAGGCAAUCGAUGGCCUUAACCUGGAGUUUGCUAAGACUCCCGAAGAAGCGCAGAAAUUGCUCGACGCAAGCAAUAACCGCCCAAGAGAUGCCACCUGUCUUCGAUUUGUAGCCGUGUUUUAUUAUGACUCGGCUGCGCUAUCGAUUAUAAGACUUUUCAUGGUGGGCCAUCGUCUCACGAAAAUGAAUUAUAGCGCCACUUGUGGCAUCAUGUUAAUUUCGUGCAACGUGAGACCAUAGUUAAGUCUGUAGUCUUAGUUUCGUCCACCGUCGUUAUGUCUAUUAUCUUCGGUCCUCGCCAUUCCCCACCUCUAAGUUCCUCCACAUGCGUGCUCGCUUCCUAGUAAAAACGUUCCAGCGUCGAUGAAGAAGGCAGUCGGGUUUGGUUUUGUUCGGUGCUCUGAGGAUUUCGAUAAAGCGCGCGAAGGGAUGGACACCUUCAGAGUGAGAACGAAUUUCUAUUAAGGCUUUUUGAUGGCGUGGCCAUAGAUACUCCCAGGCUACAGUGCACAGCUUCACUGUGUUUGUUUCAGUAAACACUUUGGCUUUAAGUAAUCAUGAGGAGAGUAGUCAGCACGAGUCUCGAUUAAGUGUCAUACAUAUUGGCAGUCCUUGUUGUAUUCUAUGUAUCUCCUACUAUUUCUCGCUAGAGUAGCUCCUAGAGAGUGCCUGCUAUGUAUGCAUAAUUAGGAAGAAACUUUAUAAUCUCUCCAUCCCUGCUCUGUUCCAUCAUGCUCGUGUACAGCAGUUGGACCAGCGACUUUCUUUCACUGUGUUUGUUUCAGUAAACGUUUCGGCUUUAAAAAAUCUUCUAAUUUGACGGACAAAAGCUAGAGAAGGUGGGAAGAUGCGCCAAUUACCACGGUGGAAAGAGCUACAUCAUGAGUGAGAAGCAAUCUGACGAAAUCAAGGAAGUAGUAAAUCGAACCAAGCGCAAGCUAGGUACUGAAUAAGAAGCUAGGCACUAUGACUGAAUGAGAAGACAGACUCUGACUUUGUAUUUUUGAAGUCCUAUGUGAUAGUCGAGGAUAUGGAUUAGCAGUAGAUAUCUUCAUCACAUUUUGUAUCAAAAAAUAUAUCGGGUGGUUGCUUUCAGUCGAUUUCACACAAUGAGUCUACAUUGCUUAUUCCUUGGCAAGUAAUAUGUAUCUCUGUGUUCUCCGGCCCAGGUCCCAACUAUAAGCAGCCGAAAGACUUUGUCUCGGGCAUGGACGAAGAGGCCGAGCAGAAUCCUCUAUUUAUGCUUUCCACUUUCUCUGAUCAACAAGGCUAUAGGUUACUUUUCUUUUUGAUCGAAGUCUAGAAACUUGUAGAAGCAAAAUGUAACGAAGCUGCUACCUGAAGCACAAACUUACGGGGGAUGCUGGUAUGCUAGCCAGUGUUAAGCUCCAUGGAAUGGAGCGGAAAGCUACUUGACACAGAGAAGAUGCUUCUAGUUCCCUUCCUAAAGAUGAUAAGUACUUCUCUUCAAACGUCAGCGCCACUUCUCAUGAUCUUGCUCUAGUACAUUACUGACAUUUUGUCAUGUGUCGCGCUAAUCUCCGGGUCUAUGAUUGGGUAUGCGCACUUCACGGGCACGACCUUUCGAUACGCUUAACGCAAUUGCUUCAGGGAAAUAUCAAGGACACGGGGGAAGUGGCGAAGAAAGCGCUACAAUGGUCGAAACAAGCGGCAGCAUUGAAGUUAUGCCGUGUCGGCCUUUUCUUGAGUAGGUUCCUGCUAGAGCUUUGCUUUUUGUGGUAUAGAUGGUAUAGUUAGACUGAUAGAUAGAUGGUAUAGUUAGAUUGACUGAACUAUAGUCGUGGCAUUCAUAUGAUGUGGCUCACUGGGGCACCAGAGUAAUUAGUAUGCAAAUUACUGCGCCCUCUAAGAAAAAAAGCAGCCGAAGAUGCGGAGGCGAAAGAGGAAGACAAUGCGAGCGAUGACGACGAGGAUGGCGAGGUGCUUUCUUUUUAUAACGCCUGGCGACUAUGUCUCUGAUGCCAUAUCUUAAAAGUGAGUCUAAAGAGGACUAAAAUCACUCACCGCGAAGAUCUUCAAAUCAGCUAUCUCUUACAUUCUUCAAGAUUAAGGUCUCAUCUGGCCACACAGUCUCUUGUUUAAAGAGAUGGCAUCAGGUACAGGGUGACUGAACGGCCUCAAUAGCGUAGAACUCAAAGAAGAUUCAGGGAAGUCGUAGGUCCAACCCGAACCGACUAACAUCAUCAGAAGAGACGUAGCAAGAGGUAUCAGGACACGACGUGACAUUUUUGGUCUUUCAUUUCGGUUCAUGUCACCUAUCAUUGACCUCCUAUCAACACAUCAGGGCGGAAGUGGAAAAGGCAAAAAGAAGCGCACAGGUUUACAGGAGAAAAGUCAACAAAAGCGAAAUCUCAGGGGUCUCAUGCGCCAGAUCGAAGGCCGUAAAUUGACAUGGAAGGAAGGGAAAAAAUCUUUAAGGAUGGCCAGGAGUUUUCUACUCUCAAUAUGUAACAUAGUACUUGCCUCAACGCUUUUUAUGAGUUUUGUUCAGUCUUGUGCCUUUAUGGGACUGCGGAGGAGGCUUUUUGAUCUGUAGCAACGAACCACAAGUGGCCACGAAGCGCCACGUCUUCUGUCCCUCAUCUCUAAAUCGAACAAAUAAAGAGUUGGGAAGGUUCCCAUUCCGCGACUGGCCGCAACACUGGUGGUUCAUCAAAGCCGACCAAGCGGAAGGAAUCAAAGUGGUACAUACUUACUACUCAUGUACUAAUAUUAGAGGCCCUAGUAGUUCAAUGAUAUCAUACUAAGUAAGACUCAAUGACCUAUCAUACUAAGUAGUAGUUCUGGCACUUUUCUGAACCCUAGCACAACGUUACUGGAAGUCUUAUGCUAUUUACAGGCUAUAGCCGCUUCAUAAAUAGGCUUUUGAACAGUGAUUUUUUCCUAGUAGAGUGGUUUUUGAACAGUGAUUUUUUCCUAGUAGAGUGGUUUUUGAAUGGUAUCUAUAGGUACAAUCAUUAUCGUCACCAUCAUCAUCAUCAUCAUCAUCAUCGCCAUCCUCUGCUCGGUCACGAUAUGCCUCACCCACGCGCUCUCACAUGGAAACUUGUUAACUCACAGGUGGAAAGCAUUCUGGAUUUACGUUUUGGUCGGAUUGAUAGAGUCAAGUACGAUGCUCUGAUCGCAGCUGUUAUGCAGAAAAUUUGCGUAGUGCGGCUACUAGGUGGUGCUCUGAUUUAGUAUCACUCAGAGACUGCGUCAGCCAGUACUGCUCUCUUUCAAAAAAGUAACAUUCCGAGAUCGACCAGAAUAGGAGCUACUACUCAGAGGGAAAUGGAGAAUAGCACGAACGUCGGGCACUUGAUAGAUGAGCAAGCACUUGAUAGACACGAAGAUACUCAGCAAGUUUCUAACUUUCGAAGCGAGAAAGACGAAGCUCUCUUGGCUGCUGGUUGGAUAAAAGGGCACGAGCCAUGCGAGCUAUCGGUAGUUCCUGACAAACUGGAGUUGCGUGGACGCUUCGAGUUUCAGUUAUGUCGAGGAAAGUUCUCACUUCAAGUAGUAGGCGCUGAGUAUGAGCUCUCGAGGUAAUAAAGAGCCCAGCCUUCGCCUCAGUCUACCCAGAAGUAGAUGGGUUAUAGUAUUGAUCGGGUGGCUGUAAACCAACAAGGACUCACUGCGCUCUAAUACAACGCAUCGACAAGCCAGGAGCAAGUGGCGCCUCCAGUAGCAGCAAGCCGAGCGCCUUUGUCGCUUAUAAGAAGACUCCGAAGGGAGCGCAAAGCUUUUCCGUCAAAAUCCAUAUGACCCAGCGCGACUGGAAAGAUGAGCGAUGCCACAGGAAACUGUAUUCUUCGUGAGCACUUUCAUUCUUUCCACUAAAAUUGGGUCGCUAUAUGACUAAAAAAGUCUUUAACUGCACUCUUCUAGGUAGAAAUCGACGCCAAAGCCUAUCUGUCAGUGGUAUAAAUCGAGGACUACUUGAAACGCAAACGUAUUGUAAUGCCGAAGAAUCUAAGCUGCACAUUUUUACUACACUCACUUCCAGAACUCGAGGUUUAGUAGUACUAGUACCUAAGAUGAAUGCACAUUUAUUUUUUUCCCGUCUCACAUCUCGGAAGAGGAUCUCAAUUCCAUUAUCAUUUUUCAAGACUCAAGUUAUGUUGCUAUCAGGUACACCGCUUUCUGGGGAAAUUAUGAGAAGGAGCACGAUUCCACGUUUAUUCCGGGUGACACAGCUGAAGAGUUGGCAGAGCAGCAGAGAAUCAAGGAUAAGAAGGCGGAGAUGAAUGCACAAAGGAAGAAAGAGAAAGGGAAAGGCAAGGAUGAUGCGGAGAAUGCGGAAAAUGAUGCAGCAAAUGAUGAAAAUUAUGGAAACCAUGACUACAGAUGACAACUACUGAAUGAAGCGAGUACUCAUACAUAAUGUUGUUGUGCAUAAUUAUUUCUUUAACCCGCACCCUCUAGUGGUUCUUUGCCGUCUAUGAUCGACUCUCGUUUUUCGAUGGACAUUAUACUUAGACGAGGCUCUUUCUAAUGAAAACCGGCUAAGGAAAAGGCAGCAGCAGAGAAAGGAAAAGCGCCAGCGAUGAAAAAGGUGAAAAAAGAGGCGAAGGGCUCUGCAGAAGAAACUGAAGAAAGCGCUAAAGCCGCUAAAAAAGAAGACGAAGAUGCUCAGAUGAAGUCCAAGAUGAAGUCGAAAACGGUUGCCGAAAAAAAGGACAAAAAGGAGGCAACAGUUACUACAACGAGUUCCAAGGAAACUACUGCUUCGAAUAUUGCUGCUGCUCCGAAGAAGCGAGGCCGUCCGAUGAAGUCGGAAACGGGGGCAAGUAGUAGCUCUAAGACGACAAUAGAUGAAGCAGAUGCGAAGAGCACUGACGACAAUGGAGCAGUGAAGAAAGCCAUGAAGCAAGCUGCUUCCAAGCAGUCGAUGAAAACUAGUACGACUACAACAAAGAAGGCCAAGACUUCGACUACAUCCAAAGCAUCAGCACAAGCUUCCUCUUCGUCGUCUUCAUCAUCUUCUUCUGGCGAUAAGAAAGCAGUAAGCAGGAGCAGCCCAGUGUCGAAAAAGUCAGACAGCAAGAAGACUCCAGCAAGUAAAAAACGAAGCAAAGAUCAUGCUGCAGACGCCGCUGUGGAGGGAGGGGACGCGAAAAAACGUCGCUCGUCCACGCGCUCAAAGCAGUCCUAAGAAGUGUUUCAAUAAGCAGCUUGCAGCUGAGUCAGCUGGUGUUUGUUGCUGGACUUCUAGUUUACCACAUCAUCUUGUGAGAAGGAUUCUCGUCUGCACUGCGUUUAUAGUCAGAGCAAGGACUGACGUCUCAGUGACCAGCACGCUUUGAGGAGGAGUCCUUGUAUUUGUAAAUGCGUGAAUGUCGGAUAACUUCAAUAUCAAUAGUUGUUCUACUGAUAUCUUGUUCUUGAUUUUCCACUAUUUUUAGAACGAAGGAUGUUCGCAGCAUUAUUCUCAUUUCCAAUUAGGUGAGGUGGUAUUUUUUCAUACUUGUUUCAAUCAAAUCAAUAUUUGUUCUUUAUCUAAAAUUUACUUGGGCCAAAUCGUCGUAACUGUGAUUGGUCUAUCUAGUCGUGCUUGGCCGACUCAGUACUCUGCACCGAGAGAAGCAUACGCAGUUGUAUUUGUGCUCUAACCACGAUGGAAACAGUUGUACUUUUUAUGCAGAUCUUCAUUAUAAAAGAGAUCAUCAAUCAGUGACUUGUCUUGUACAUUUGAUUCUGAAAACCUACUACUUUCCUCUGCAUUACAUGCAACCGUACAACUACUUACAUUUUCGCCAUCCACAGCAAGCAAGCAAGUUCAUCUUGUUUAAAUCGAUCCUUUCAUAGAUAUUCAUUGAUCAUCGUAUAAUCUAAUUAGAUACCUCGGGAUCACAUCAGGAACUGUUUUGUCUCGCUGAAGGUAGAGAGUGACCUUUUGAGAGGACAUAUUGAUGAUGAUUAGAUCGAUUGUAAGUAGUACAGCGAACUAGUACUUUCAAGUUGUGAAGACAAUUGUAAUGGUUAAAUAAAGAACUAUUUACGCCGCCAUGCUGUUCAUGUUGCCAACAUGAAUUUAAACUCUUCACUUUUCUUUCCCGUCGAUUCCUUCCCCAGAUUUCACCAUAUACCUUUUUCGACAAAAAUGCUGCAGCCGGCCAAAGUGUCCUCGCAUUUUCCAACGACAAGAAGCAAGAUCAUGCUUGAAGAUGCAGAUCUUAUCUGCCGUGAUUAGU